UGUCCGAGGGGGGGUGAGGUAAACCUAGCUCAGACGCUGGUGGGGAGCGGAGAGUUGCCUUUCUAUACGCAGUAUUAUUCCUUAUUCUAUGAUGCUUACAAGCAUGCAACGUUAAAAACCAGAAACGCUCGCUUGCAAAAGGCAAAACGGGGAAGGCUGAUCCUAAAAGAAGACAAACUGAAGAGACAUAAGCCUGACAAAGUGAAAAAACCCGCGCUUAAAACUGAAAAACGAAGGCUCAAAAAGAUAAUCCUUAGAAAACCCGAAGAAAAGAAGAUAACGAUACAUUUGAAAAGAGUGAGCGAGUUGGAUAGACAUUUGGACAACAUCAGAAUGAUUCUGCUUUGCUCUAACGCGACUCCAAUCCGUUGUCAUGCUGGUGUUGGAUACAAAUGCUGUUUCUGCUCAGAUCAGUACGCUAAACCUUCGGAUUUAAAAGAACAUACAUUGUCCAAACAUGAUGAUGAGACAAAAGCUUCAUUUAUGAAGCGAGCAACUAUGGUCAGGUACAUCGUGAAGCUAGACAUAAGUUGGCUAGCUUGCAAACUAUGUGGUGGCAACAUGAAAACUUUAGAAGACCUAAUAAGCCAUUUAGUAUCGAAACACGAAAAGGUUUACUACUCUGAUAUUAAAAACCAUAUCAUUCCUUUUAAGUUCGAAACCGAAGGUCUUAAGUGCGCUGUUUGUUGUAACGACUUCAACAACUUCAAAGUUCUGUUGGAACAUAUGAAUGUGCACUUCAAGAAUCAUGUCUGCGAGGUGUGCGGGUGUGGAUUUGUGAAUAAGCACACAUUACAAUGCCACAGCUACAGACAUAUAACUGGGGUGUUCAACUGCUCACAUUGCCCUAAAGUCUUCGAUACUAAAGUCAAGAGACGGGACCAUGAAAGAUCUGUCCACGUGAAAGCGAGUAAAACCAACAAAUGUGGGUAUUGUGAUGAAAAGUUCUCAGAUUACAGGAAGAAGAAGGAUCAUGAAGUGAAGGAACAUGGUGCGACGCCGCUGGUGCUGAAGUGCCAGGCGUGCGACGAAACUUUUAAUGAUCAAACUCUUCUGACAGUUCAUACGAAGACUUACCAUUUGAUGGAGAGAAGAAUACCUCAUUAAUUAUCGAUGAAUUGGAAGUGAAGUGAUUUGCUUUUAGUAGAUGGCUCGGGCCUCUUCACUUCUUGGCUGGACAAGUAGAACGCCGAAAGCUCGAAUGAUACGCUAUAUGGUUCCAAUAUCUUACUUUGCUUCAGUAGAUUUAUAUCACGGGACUUAUUGAAGAUUUGCCGAACUGAGGCCGAACGCUGAGGGCUCUCACUCGGCUUCCGAAGAGUCCAUGACGUUUGCUCGUUGAAAAAGAUAGCUAGAAGUUUGGUUUUCCUUUUUUUUACAGCAAUCUUUUGUUGAUCAACAGAAGGUAAUACCCGUUUUAUAUACACACUUACCAUUCAUUUCUAUUAGCAAAAUUCAUAAUAGUUUCUCGCUUGCUUGUUUACUUUAUCGUUGAAUUUUCCCUGUUUUGAUUAUGAAUUAAAUGUCUUAAAAGCAACU